UUUAAUUGUCAAAUUAUGGUGUCACUGGCCAUGGUACAAAAUUUGUACUAUUUAUUUUAAAAAGAGGAAAUUAACUUAGAUUAACUAAUAAAAAGACCAUUACAUUAAAACUAAUUUAUUAAAGUAAACAAAAUUUGGAUUUCCAUUAAUAAUAUGGAAAGAAAAGAUGAAAAUGAAGAUAUGGUAACAGAUAUCAAGGUUGAAAAUAGUAUUUUAGUCAAGCCUGAAUUAAUAAAAAGUGAACCUCUUCCAGUUGAUCUAGAUAAAUAUGUUGAAGACUGUGGACAUGAAGGUUCUGAUAUUAGUUUGGACCAACUUAAAACAGAAUUACCAGUUGAAUGUAAGACAUUUGAACAGGAUCAAGAUGAUUUAGCACAAUUCCAGUGUUUUAAUAGUGAUGUUGAUAGUAUAAAAUCAGAGCUUUCUGCUAAAGGAAGUCAAAGCAGUGAACAUGAUUUUCCCCGGGAAAAGGAGACUUUGGAAAUUAUGAAAACAGAAGUACAUUCACCUAAUAAAGAACAACAUACAAGUCAAGCUGUAGAAGAAAAAACAUUAAAAUGUGAAAUUUGUGAGAAGCAGUUUAGCAGAAAACAUAAUUUAAAAGUGCACAUGAAUAGUCAUACUGGGGAAAAACCUUACAAGUGUGAAACCUGUUUAAAACAGUGUUUUACUAAAAGUAGUUUAAACAGACAUUUGAGAAUUCACUUUGGAGAAAAGCCUUUUGUGUGCGACAUUUGUUUUAAGCAGUUUUCUGAAAAAGGUACUUUGAAAAGGCAUAUACUAAUAGUGCACACUGGAGAAAAAGCUUACGAGUGUGAAGUUUGUUUUAAACAGUUUUCUUAUAAAACUAGUUUGAACAAACAUUUGAGAGUGCAUACUGGAGAACAGCCUUACCGGUGUGAGACUUGUUUAAAGCAGUUUAAUAGUACAGGUGAUUUAAAAAGACAUUUGACAACGCACACUGGAGAAAAGCCUUACGAGUGUGAAAUUUGUUUUAAACAGUUUUCUGGCAAAGGUGAUUUGAAAAAACAUUUGAGAGUUCAUAGUGAGGAAAAACCUUACAAGUGUGAAACUUGUUUAAAGCAGUUCAUUUCCACAGGUGAUUUAAAAAGACAUUUGAGAACGCACACUGGAGAAAAGCCUUACGAGUGUGACAUUUGUUUUAAACAGUUUAGCGAAGCAGGUAGUUUAAAAAGACAUAUGAGAGUGCACACUGGAGAAAAACCUCACAAGUGUGAAAUUUGUUUUAAACAGUUUAGCGAUGCAGGUAGUUUUAACAGACAUAUGAGAUUGCACACUGGAGAAAAACCUCACAGGUGUGAACUUUGUUUUAAGCAGUUUAUCACUGCAGGUGAUUUGAAAAGACAUUUGAGAGUGCACACUGGAGAAAAACCUUAACGCUAGUUUUCACGCUACGUUUUCUUGUACGUUUUGUGGGUCAUGCCACGAUACACGUACAGACGGUAUACAGGUGCGCAUCUCUCGCUGAUGUGACUAGAGAUUUAACAUAUCGGAAAAAAACGGGAAAAACAGGUUUUUUCCGUUUUUUUCCAGACCAUUGGAAAAAUUGGAAUAAAUGGGAAAAUUUGAAUAUUUUUUAAUGGAGAUUUGAAACGUGAAAAAAUACAAAUUUUAAAGUUUUUUAAAUACAUUUUGUAAAAAUAAAUGGAGGAAUAUCUUUAAAAAUAUUUAAUAAUAUCUCUCACAUAUAAGUACAUAUAUAUGUAUACCUAUAGGGUCAAAAAUUAUAAUUUUUAUCUAAUAGUGGAAAGUAUAAAAACCGAAACUACAAAGGUUAACUACAUUAUUUA